AUGCAGUGCGACAAGGAGGCGGACUGGGACGCACAAUUCCUACCCGUGUGGAACAAGGUCAAAGACCUUGUUCUGGUACCGGAACCGAAGACCAUCGAUGGUAUUACGGACACACUUGUCCAACACGACAUCCUUUCUGUUAAGGACAAUUAUGAGGCCCAUCAGUCGGCCAAAGAACUCGUCUUCUCAAUUCUGGGCUGGCAGACGAUGCUCUACAAGCCCCAAACUACGUCUUGUACCACUGGGGAGUUCAACAUUCUCGAUGAGACGGACAAGCAUCAGGGCGAAGCGCGGCUGCGGCUCAGCCAGUCAUCUGUCUCGGGCAAAUAUGACCUUCCUAGCUUCCUUCUUGGGUUUGGCAUGAUGCUCCCGCCGCCACAAUACUGUGCCUUCGACGACACGGAUGACAGGCAACUGUUUAACGUUACGAAGCAAAUUGUCGCCAAAGAGCUCAACGCACAUAUAUUGACCAAGAUCUGCGGCGUCAAAAUUCAGUGGGUCGACUCGGUCUCCUGCCAUCUGGAACUGGACAGACAGUCCGGAUCACUGCCCUGGGCGACUGAGAAUGAUGUUACGGAGCUCCUUCGGGAAGUCCUGCUCUCCUAUCGCUUGCUCUUUGGUCAGAGUGGGCGAUCGAGAAGUCUGUUCCGAAAGCUGCAGCCGUUUGCACGUAUACCCCACGAAGGGCACGACCCUUUUCUGCCCCUGAUAUGCGGCAGGAAGGACUUCAACUGUCCCAUUACUCUAGUUGAGCGAGAGGAGUACGACGUGGCUGGUGACUUCCCGCACCUUCGCAGCAGAAUUGUACGACUGAUCAGCUACGCUUCAAGCAAGAAGCCCCGCUCGAUCCGACAGCUAUGGCAAGAUAAGCGCGACUCAACCACUUGGCUCGCGUUCUGGAGUGUCCUGAUAUUUGGGGAGGUCCUAAUCGUAUUUGGAUCCCGGCUCAACUGA